AUGAAAACCAUAAAAGUAAAUGAGAAACCACACUUGUGUCUCUUCGCGAUUCAAGAUAUUACAGCUGGAGAAGAAUUGACUUACAACUACGGUGACUCAAACUGGGCAUGGAGAGCACAGAUUGGGAGUAGAAAGUCUGCUGCUGCAAUAGUACAUGCUGAUUCAGUAGGGACUGAACUCACCACAGUCACAACUGCAGACUCACAGCCUGCUGACACAGUCCCCAAAACACACUUCACUGGCACAGACACCCUGUCCAACAUGCCCGUCUCAGAUGAUAAUUUGCAGAGUGAGCGCUCGAAGGCCAGGAUUGACAAAUUAAAAGAACACCACAAUAGGUGUGAAACUCGGUAUGAAUCUACGGCAGAGAAGCGAAACGCUCUUCAAAGACAGCGAGUCUUACUCCUACUGCAAUUGGCAAACUUGGAUAAAAUGCUGGGCCCAGAAUCGCAUCCAGUCACUCAACCAGCAGAAGAUUCUGUGAUACCCUCACCAACAGACACACAGGUUGCCUUCCAAAACAACAUGGACACAGAUUCCAGCUCUGUAGAAGAUGGGAAUGUGUCCCACUCCAAUCCCAAGCUGGGCCCAGAAUUGCAUCCAGUCACUCAACCAGCAGAAGAUUCUGUGAUACCCUCACCAACAGACACACAGGUUGCCUUCCAAAACCACAUGGACACAGAUUCCAGCUCUGCAGAAGAUGGGAAUGUGUCCCACUCCAAUCCCAAGGUAAGAAAGUAUAGAUGAUGGCCACAGUUCAUA